CUUCAAUCGGAAGGGAUUGACAAUGGGAAGUUUACAGUGGAUACCUUCGGUUGUGGUGAUAAUUAUAGCAAUGACUGGUGUACGCUGCCUGCGGAAUGUGAUGCUGGAAGUGAUACCGGAGGUGGUUGAACGUGGUCACGAGGUAACUCUACGUUGUCUUUACGAACGCGAGAACGAACCACUUUAUUCUGUCAAGUGGUAUCGUGGCAAGCACGAAUUUUACCGGUACUCACCAUCGGAAACUCCACCUAUUAAAGUAUUCAAUAUAACUGGGAUAACAGUACAUCGCAACAAUUCCGAUCACGAGCAGGUAACCCUAACGAAUGUAGAUUACGGCCUGACGGGUAAUUUUAGCUGUGAAGUGACUGCUGAUGCGCCAACCUUUUCUACGGAAGAAAGUAUCAAGAGGCUGACAGUUGUUUCUCUACCAAAGGAGAAACCUACCAUCGUAACAGAGCGAAGCCAAUAUGACACAGGAGACACGCUCAAAGCGAAUUGCAGCGUUCCACCAUCUAAGCCCCCAGUGGAAUUUGUUUUCAAGCUCAACACUAUAGAGAUUGGUCCCAUCAAUGCAAGGCAACUUAUGCAUAGAUCUGAGUAUAAGACGGAUAGUAACUCACUUUACCUGGAAGAAUCUCUAUUACAAUGGGGUGAAUUGAGCAUCGAUCUCCUCCCUUUCCAUUACUCACAUAACCAAUUGAACCUCCACUGCACAGCUCAAAUACCUGGUAUCUACACGGCUGAGAGUCAGAUAAAGGUGACAAUUGGACUAAGGGAACCCGUACCUGCACAAAUUACGUCAGACAGCAGCAAGACCAUCUACAGUACGUGUAUCCUGGUGCUAGUCUCAAUUCGUGCAAUUUAUCCUUUUUUAAGAUAAGCAUGGAAUAUCUACGAUUACUCGGAAGUAUUAGGGCAUGAGAAAGAAUGAAACUGAGUCAUAAAUCAAAACCUGAAAUACGGAAAAGACUAGGGAUGAGACGACAAUUUCUGUAUAGAAAUGCAAUGCUGUGAGUCCCGAUUGCUGUAAAUUAUGUGAUUUUAUCGUUGUCAGAUAAUCAUGUGGAAGAUUAAGCAAACGUUUAAGAUAUAUGAAUAAAAAUGAUGAAUUGUCCGAAUACUUUCUAAUCAGCAUCGAUUCAUGUCCUUUUUUUUAUAGAUUUGAUGAUUGAAUCAAAGCCUAAUGCCAGGUAUAAGAAUUUUACAGAAAAAAAUGAGAUAUUUUGUAAUCUUCCUCUGUUACGGUAAAAUUGCAUUCCUCAUUCUUUCAAAUUCAUUAAUGCUCUAUUGUGGAAUGAAGGAUGUUUUCAUUAUGGUAAUUGUUAAAACGGAAUGUCAGAAGUAAUCCGUUCGGAAUUCGAGCGGUGAGAUGCCGCACAGAGAAAAAAAGUUUUUAUUUUCAGGGACAUGUUAGUAAUUUUCCGGGAUCCAUUCCGGACUAUUGAGGAUAUAUCACUAAUCUUCAUAAAUCAGUCCUCAAUGAUUAGGAAUUCAACGAUUACGAAAUCCCGGAAUUCUGUGAUUGUGUCACCAAUUUUUCACUGGCACUAAUUUUUGUCACUGAUUUUCCAGGAUUCAUCUUUAAUUUUUCGGACUCCAUCAUCAAAUUUCAGUGAUAAAAAUCAAUCAUUCUCAAGGUUAUCCUACUCAGUGCACCACUAGAAAAUUCCGCCUGAAAAUUUAAAAAUUCGAGUUACGAAUCUUUAAAUUUUCUACGAAUGAAUAUUCAAAGUUAUUUUUAUCGUGAAAAGACACCGUUUGGUAUGAAUGAUCUGCCACUUGAGCCAAAUAUUCAGUUUUUGUUGACAGCAGAGCAAUUAUUCAUAUUUAAAACUUUUAAAUUCGGAUCAAACAAUUUUUUUUUUUUGUAAUUUUCAACUAAUGAUUUUGUUGUCCCAAACUAGAUAUUUUUGAGAACUUGUUCGUUUUUCUCUCAGUGAACUUAAACCAUGUGUUAUGAUUCCCUCCCUCCCUUCCUUAAAUCGAAUUCGAGUCCGUCCACUUAACAAUUACUACCAAAAUGUCGACGAAAUUCCAACAGUGCACUAUUAAAAAUUUUGGUCUAAAAUUUCCGGUACACUGAAAUUUUCCGGUACAUUGAAAUCGAUGUAGGGGGAAGAAAAUCAUGAAAUUUCAA